AUGAUCCACUGGACCACGUCGUCGAGGCCGGCCAUGGGAAGCCUCAUCACGACCAACCUCUGCUCCGACUGGCGAAGCUUCCUUGCGCCUUCCCUCUCCGGCAGCACCUUUGCCAAGCGCCUCAAAACAGCUGAGGGGACAAGCAGGGGUGAGGCAGGAGGAGCAGACGGGGUGGCUGAUGAAGGGGAGAGCGUUGAGGGGGCAUGCAGGGACGAAGGCGUGGGAGGGGGUUCCAGGGAGUGUGGUGCUGGCAGGGAUGUAACUGUGAUGACGCAGGAUGGUGAUGAGCCUGGCAAUGCUGCUCCUGCUGCCACUGCUUCCGCUGCUGCUACUGAUUCCCAAGAAUGCCACCAUCCCAAAGAGUCUGGCGAACGUAUGGCUGCCUGUGCCACGUGUCAGCAGGCCAUAGGCCAAGCAUGCCAGCACAUGGGGGACGCGCUGGGAAAUGCGUCGCUCGUGGUGACGGCUGAUGGGUGCUUCCUGCUGCUGCAGCGCGGCACGGCUGUGGGCGAAUUCCCAAACUGCCCAGUUUUCCCUGGAGGACACCCGGAGCCAUCAGAGGCAGGGAUCUCUGACACACCACAAUCUCCCCCCGCCCAACACCACCCUACUGACCCACAAUCCUCCACCACCCCUGCCUCUCCUCCACUCUCUCCUACCGACUCCCCCUCCUCAUCGCCCUCCCUUCUCAACGCCUCGAUCGCACAUGAGAUGUUUGAAGGCAUGAAGCGAGAGGUAGAAGAGGAGACUGGCGCCCCUGCCGACUCCCUUGUAAGCUCUCCUCCCCACACUCCUCACCCUCCCCUCACGCUCUCUCUUUCACUCUCUCAAUCGCUCGCUCCUUCCCCUUUUGCGCCUGCUUCUCCCUCCUCAUCGCCCUGUCUUCUCAACGCCACCAUCGCGCAUGAGAUGUUUGAAGGCAUGAAGGGAGAGGUGGAGGAGGAGACAGGCGCGCCUGCUAACUCCUUGGUGAGAUUUCCUCCUCAUACUCACUCUCACCUUCUCUCGUCUGCCACUUCGUCUUUUCUCCGUAACACAUGCUCCUCACCCCACUGCGUAUUCCCAUACACUUGGCUCUUCAUCUCCCACACCUUGUCUUCCCCCUCCUCUUGUUAG